CAGCUGUCAGCACUGACACGAAGUGAUCAAAUUUUAAUUGCCACAAUCGGAGAUUCGCCUUCCUAAAAUAGAUUUCAAGCGGAGACGGAUGAGGGGAGUGAUCAGUGCAGGUGACAGGUAAACGUGUUUUUUUAAAAAAAGCAAAUACGUAAAUAAAAAGCUCGCAAUCGAAAGAUAACUGGGCAAUAGAGAAAUGAUAAGAAAGCAGCAGGAGGAGCUUGGGCAGAAGUCAGUGUCCAGAGCUCUGUCGCUGAAUACCGAGAAAAGCUAAUCGUUGCGCAAUCUGCGCAGCCUCGACCGCUUAGAGAGAGAGAGAGAGAGAGAAAGAGAGAGAGAGAAAGGAUCUCAUAAUAAAAAAGAGAGAAAAAAAUGAAUCUGCCCAAUUAAAAAAUAAAAAAGAAGGACCUCUACGCUGAUGUAUACAGCGUGCGAACACGCCGCAGCUGCCAGUUAGCCGAGCUCUGAGACACACAAACUGGAAGGAGAGCUAAUUUAUGGCUGUGCAUGCUGGUUGCGUGCUGACAAAAGAGGCGCUGCAUCUUUAAAAUCCCGAAGAAUAACACCGAGCCCGUUCAGACCAAACCGUGCCAUGAUAAGGACUACUAGCACUCGUACUUUUGGAGAGCCGCUACCAGUUAAUCAGAUGUAGUACUCGGUUCCUGUGGGGUUCCCCCUUGUCUGUUCAUUGCCUGGGAGUCGGACUGAAUCCGAGUCACGUGACAGUGCCCGAGGCAGAGAUUGAGAGAAAAGCGCUUCAUUCCUUCUUCCACCGCCAUACUGUAUUUUAUACUAAAUCUCAUUUUUAUUCCAACAUUUUACUCCCGCUCGGUCUGUAAAAUAAGAACACAAAGGAGACUGAAGAAGGGUGAGGGUCCCAGACAAGAAAACCCCACAUAUAGUAGGGCUGCUGUCAUCUUCAAGAAGGACAAAAAGCAGAGGAACUAAAUCCUGGCAGCCUUGCUUUGGAUUGAGUCACAGUGACCAAGAGUUUACUGAGAAAAGGAAAACUCCACUAAAGAAAAAUGACUGGCAAGACCCAGACCAGCAACGUCACUAACAAGAAUGACCCCAGGUCUAUCAACUCUAGGGUGUUCAUUGGGAAUCUAAAUACCGCAAUCGUGAAAAAAAGCGACAUUGAAGCCAUCUUUGCCAAAUAUGGAAAAAUUGUUGGGUGCUCCGUACACAAGGGAUAUGCGUUUGUGCAGUAUAUCAGCGAGAGACAUGCCCGUGCGGCUGUGGCUGGAGAAAACGCCAGGAUAAUUGCAGGUCAGCCACUUGAUAUCAAUAUGGCUGGAGAGCCGAAACCCUACAGGCCAAAAGCUGGAUCUAAGAGACCACUGUCUGCGCUUUACAGGUCAUUCAUUGCAGCUCAACUGAUUGAAUUUGAAGAAAAGCUGGAAAAACUGAGUGGAUACGAAUUUGAUUACGAUUACUACAGAGAUGACUUCUACAACAGCUGGGUGACUGGAAGGUGCAGGGCUUCUGGGGCAGACCGGAAACGUGGUCACUCGUCUUCGGUGGGCUCCUCCUCCACUCUAGGGCUGGAAGAGGAAGAGAGGCUCUUUGAUUAUCAUGGCCGUGUACCCCCACCACCUCGUACCGUGAUCCCCCUCAAACGUCCUCGUGUGGCUCCUCCCACAACAAGAAGAGGCAAAAGUGGCUUCCCCGUGAAAGGAGGAUCAAGAUCAACAACCGGCUCCUCAUCUUCGGGCCUCAAAUUGAAAUCCGAUGAGCUGCAAACAAUCAAAAAGGAACUGACACAAAUCAAAACAAAAAUUGACUCCUUGCUCGGAAGGCUGGAAAAGAUAGAGAAGCAGCAGAAAGUGGAAUCUGAUAUCCAAAGAAAGUAUGAAGACAAUUCAGAGUCUCUGCAUGAGGAGUCCAUUUCCGAAAACGCGGAUAACUCCACAGAAGAACCAGGUGAAGGUGGGCCUGAUGCUGAUGGAGAGGACAUGACUGAUGGGAUUGAGGAAGAUUUUGAUGAAGAAGGAAGCAAUGACCUGGUAGGUUUUGGCUAUAGAAAAUCAUGUAUCAGAUAUAGAAGAUACAAGCAACUAAAUAUCGGUGUGGUGAACUGAAGACGUGGCUGAAAACACACAAACCCUGCAGAGCCGGAAUGUAAACGGAUUCAGCUACGCCUGGCCAAUCUUCAUUAGCAACAACUGAAAGCCAACCGAACAAAGCUAUAUUUUGAAAUAGAUGUCUUUUCUUUGACAGAUUCUGUAAUUUAUAUGCAUUCAAAUGCCUAAACUAUUUACAAAUAUGACUAAAUUCUGUAUAUAUUUGUAAUUUUUUUCCCCCCCGUUUUUUUGUCUUCGUUGUGAAGUACUGGACAUCAAAAGUUGUGGUUGUUUUCAAAAAAAAAAAAAAAAGCAAUGGUACGUCUUUGUUACACAAAGUUUACGAGAGGAAAGGACACAAAGAAGUCAGGUGGUGCUUUGGGUGGAGCGUUUGGCUCUCCACAAGACGCUAUAGAGAUAGAAAAGUGACCCAGGAGUCGCUGCUUCAUUUACUGUCUUUGCAAGUUUCCAUUAUGUUUAUGUCAAGCCUGUAAUGAUGUUCUGACAAGUUGUUAUGUGAUAGUUUGUGAAAGAGUUUGGAAAAAAAUGGAACAACAAGCAGAUAUCGUAAUUUAAAUGCAAUCUUGAUCUUGUAUAGAAUGUAAAAUAUAUGUAAAGCUAUUUUUAUGAUACGCAUGUGUGUUGUUAAUGUGUAGAUUUAACGGAUCACUGCACAUGUAAUGUGACUUUUGGUUUUGUUGAAUAGACGCACUGCAGAGUUAA